AUAUCCGCGUGUAUACCGGCCACUUAUUUCUGUGUGCAGCGGACCAAAAAAUGAAAUAACAGCCGGAGCAUCACCAUGGAAAUACUGGUCUACGGGCUAGUGUGUUUGGUCUCCUUUGCUGGUGCAUCGUUAGCGGGGUGUCCGCCUGUUGCGGUUUACGACAUAAAAGACUGUAUAGCGAGGACCGUCCCUAAUUUGUGUUCAGUUGUUGAACAAGACUGCCCACCUGGUUUGACAUGCUGUCCAGGUGUAUGUGGAUCCACCACGUGUAUGAAGAUUAGAGCUAAAUGUAUCACGAGGCGAUGUGAACCUCGUCCGGGUGUCAAGUGCCCGUUUGGUUACGAAAAGGAUGCAGAUGGAUGCCCGACAUGCACUUGCAACAAUUGCCCUCCAGUAAAAUGUUCCGUGAGAUGUCCACAUGGUUACAUCAAAGACAGUAAUGGAUGCAUCAACUGCAGGUGUAAAGUUGUCCAUCCUAACCAAUGCCCCAGUGUCCCAUUCCAUCGUCCUAGCGACUGUGCAGCCGUCCUCGUUAUAAACGAAUGUUCUUUUGAGAAACAAGAUUGUCCUGAUGGCCAAACAUGUUGCCCUGGAAUAUGUGGAUCGAGAACAUGCCAAUUUGUCGGAAGUGCCCCCAUUGGACAGUGUCCUGUUCUUCCUCUGUUCCCACCACAUGACUGCGCUUCAAGAUCGGUCAUCAGUGAAUGUUCAGUCGACAAACAAAACUGUCCAAAUGGUAAAACAUGCUGUCCUGGCGUAUGUGGCUCGAUGACGUGUCUGAUACUAGGAUACGUUUGUCCAGUUCUUCGAUGUCCAGCGCCCCCUGGUGGUUUAUGUCCGUUUGGUUAUUUGAAAGACGUCAACGGAUGUCAGACGUGUACUUGCAACGGUCUCUUCCCAUAUGACUGGAGUGUGGCUGCCACUGGUAUAAAGAUGGAAAUGUUUCAACCAGAUACUUUCAAUCGUUUUAAUGUGUUUAGUUUGCUGGUUAAACGUGCCUGUCCUUGCGGUCCGAAGUGUUGUCGUCUGUUCUGUCGCCAUGGAUACGUCCGUGAUGCCAAUGGAUGCGAAAGAUGUAAAUGCAAACUUGGUUUUUAACAGAACAGAACAGAAGUUUAUUACACCCAUGCCGUUAGGCAACAGCAUAAUGAGAAGCAUGAACAAAUACAUAAUAUAAAAUGUGACAAGACAGGACGGGGUUUACAGAACAUUAAAUAGUAAAUAAAUAAAACGAGCACACAGUUGUUCAAGACGAAAGACUGGUUGGGAUUUUGUAAAUUUUGUUACUGAAGAAAAUAAAAUAGUAUAGGCAAA